CUCGCUUCUCCCCAGCACCUUCUCAAGUUGUAGCGGUCGCUCGCUGGGGGUUCUCUGUGGGCGGCGGAAGGGCGCGUGGGGGAGGGGGCUCGGACCGCCCGGGACUUGGAGGAGAGAGUGUGUGUGUGCCCCAAGGGCCGGGGCAGCGGGUCGCCGCCCUGGGAGAUGAGGGCUCGGCGCUGACAGGGAAGAGCGGGCACCGCGGCGGUGGCGGCGGCGGCUCGGAGGGGACCCGCGAUGGCAGCGCCUCGGGAGGAGGCUCCAGGCAGGGCGGGCUGCGCUGGCAGCGGCCGCUGAGGUGCUGGCGGACCGGCCGGCUGGGGACCCGGGCUGCAGGGACUAGAGGCGCGUUCGGCGUCCGCACUCCCGCGUCCUCGCCUCAGUUGUCUAAACUUCGGGCUCCAGUCCACCCGCCCUCCGCUCCCGGAGUCAACAACUUCUUCACCCCCCUCCACCCCCGCCCCCGCCCUCGCCCUCCGUCAGCCCCGGGAGCUCGCCGCGCGGCGGGGACCAGGACUCGCCGGCCCUGAGAUGUGGCCGUGAGGCGUCGGCGGGCGGCGAGGAGAAGCUCGGCGGCGCCCGGGAGCGGGAGGGCGGUGCGGCCGGAGGAACGGGGCGGAGGGGCGCGAGCGCUCGGCGCCUCUCCCCCGCCUCCUCCUCCUGCCGCUGCCCGUUCCGUGCAAGCAGCAGCCGGAGCUGCCAAGCGCCAGGGCCGCGGAGAUGUCGUCGUCGUCGCCGCCGCCGGCGGCGGCUGCCAGCGCCGCCAUCUCGGCCUCGGAGAAAGUGGACGGCUUCACCCGGAAAUCGGUGCGCAAGGCGCAGAGGCAGAAGCGCUCUCAGGGCUCGUCGCAGUUCCGCAGCCAGGGCAGCCAGCCGGAGCUGCACCCCUUGCCCCAGCUCAAAGAUGCCACUUCAAAUGAACAACAAGAACUUUUCUGUCAGAAGUUGCAGCAGUGUUGCAUACUGUUUGAUUUCAUGGACUCUGUUUCAGACUUGAAGAGCAAAGAAAUUAAAAGAGCAACAUUGAAUGAACUGGUUGAGUAUGUUUCAACUAAUCGUGGUGUAAUUGUUGAAUCAGCGUAUUCUGAUAUAGUAAAAAUGAUCAGUGCUAACAUCUUCCGAACUCUUCCUCCAAGUGAUAAUCCAGAUUUUGAUCCAGAAGAGGAUGAGCCCACACUCGAGGCCUCUUGGCCUCACAUACAAUUGGUGUAUGAAUUCUUCUUAAGAUUUUUGGAGAGCCCUGAUUUCCAGCCUAGCAUUGCCAAGCGAUACAUUGAUCAGAAAUUUGUACAACAGCUCCUGGAGCUUUUUGAUAGUGAAGAUCCCAGAGAACGUGACUUCCUGAAGACUGUUCUGCAUCGAAUUUAUGGGAAAUUUCUUGGAUUAAGAGCAUUCAUCAGAAAACAAAUUAACAACAUUUUUCUCAGGUUUAUAUAUGAAACAGAGCAUUUCAAUGGUGUUGCUGAGCUCCUUGAAAUAUUAGGAAGUAUUAUCAAUGGCUUUGCAUUGCCACUGAAAGCAGAACAUAAACAAUUUCUAAUGAAGGUUCUUAUUCCUAUGCAUACUGCGAAAGGAUUAGCUUUGUUUCAUGCUCAGCUAGCCUACUGUGUUGUACAGUUCCUGGAGAAAGAUACAACACUAACAGAACCAGUGAUCAGAGGAUUGCUGAAAUUUUGGCCAAAAACAUGCAGUCAGAAAGAGGUGAUGUUUUUAGGAGAAAUUGAAGAAAUCUUAGAUGUCAUUGAACCAACACAAUUCAAAAAAAUUGAAGAGCCCCUUUUUAAGCAGAUAUCCAAGUGUGUAUCCAGUUCUCAUUUUCAGGUUGCAGAAAGGGCACUGUACUUCUGGAAUAAUGAAUAUAUUCUUAGUUUGAUUGAGGAGAACAUUGAUAAAAUUCUGCCAAUUAUGUUUGGCAGUUUGUAUAAAAUCUCCAAAGAACACUGGAAUCCGACCAUUGUAGCGCUGGUGUACAACGUGCUGAAAACCCUCAUGGAGAUGAACGGCAAGCUUUUCGAUGACCUUACGAGCUCAUACAAGGCUGAAAGACAAAGGGAGAAAAAGAAGGAAUUGGAACGUGAAGAAUUAUGGAAAAAAUUAGAGGAGCUAAAGCUAAAGAAAGCUCUAGAAAAGCAGAACAGUGCUUACAACAUGCACAGUAUCCUCAGCAAUACAAGCGAUGAAUAAAAAAAGCCUGUCACCUCUGCCGGAUAGGCGGUUUUGUACACUUUUUUGAAAUGUGUAAAAAUUAUGAAAACAAACCUCAUCAGUAUAAUAUAAUUAAAAAGCCAAUUUUUUUUUUCUGGCAACUGUAAAUGAAAAAAAAAAAACAUGGACUAAACAUAGCCCUGGGCUAUAUUAUAGCCACAGUAUAUUGUAACCUUUGUCUAAUCAUUGAUUUGUGUCACUUCUGCAGUUUCACAGAAAUGAAUGAACUUGAUCAUCUAUGAUAUGAGUGAACUAAUUAUGGGCGUGGUGAGAAUCAUGACUUGAAUUCUGUUUGGGGUUGUGUUGCACAUAGAGUAGUCUGCUCUGUAUAUUUUUUCCCUUUUCUAAUGUGCUUUUCACGUCGCUGCAGACCUUAGUUACAUCCUAGGAAAAAGAUGUCCUCAAACAAAACCGAGGCGUAACUCUGACAACCUUCCCUCCAUCGCGCCCAGACACGGGAUGGAGGCAGUGACCUGCCCUAAGCCUGCCUUUGUUAGAGAUUACUGUACGCUGGAAUUGGAGCAAAACCUUCAAUUUCCAGGCUCUUUAAAGCACAAAUUAUGAAGAAAAGCUGGGAAAGUAAACCAGACUCCUCCGCCAGCUCCUCGUGAACACCCCCCUUCCCCGGCAACUCCCGGAGUGACGAGCACAGAUCAGUGGCGGCGGCGCGGUGAACGCUGGCCCGCCUCUCACUCAUUCCUCCUCUUCCUCCCAAAGGCUGAAGGCAGGGCCCUUCCAGUCCACACAGCCUGCCCGCCUCCAGUCCCUCCGGGCAGUGAGGCGGCACGCUCCUUGGCACCGCCUGGCUUUAUGGACAGGAAUCGCAGUAGGCUUCCUCUGUAGGGUUCUGGACAAGCUGACUAGAGAGAGGUCGUGUAUGUUUUUAUUUGGUCAAGUAUUUCUCACAUUUUGUUAUCAGAGUACCAUUCCAAUCUCUUGCAGUCGUGCGGAAAACUUUUGUAAUGAGAGAUCGUCAUUGGGGGAUUGAGCAGCAUUUAAUAAAGUCUAUGUUUGUAUUUUGCCUUA